CUCCACUUCCACAAAACACAAAACCAGCAAAAUGGCUUCUUCAAUCUCUUAUUCAAUACUUAUCUUUUUCCUUCUGCUCUCACCUUCUUGCAUUCUUUCAGGUCCAAUUGUCGACUCUUUUCUCCAAUGUCUGACACUCAAUUCCGAAGUCUCAAUUCCUUUUUCUACUUCAUUUUACACACCAAACAAUUCGUCGUUCUCUGAAGUCUUACAAUACACCGCCCAGAACCUCCGUUUCUUAUUACCCUCCGUUCCUAAACCCCUAUUCAUCUUCAUCCCGUCACACGAAAACCAUAUCCAAGCCUCUGUUAUCUGUUCGAAACAGUUGGGUAUCCAUCUUAGAGUCCGUAGUGGCGGCAAUGAUGUGGAAGGUUUAUCUUACACAACAGAAAUCGACAAUCCCUUCUUUAUUAUAGAUAUGUCAGCACUCCGUUCUGUUGACGUUAAUAUUGACGAUAACAGUGCAUGGGUUCAAACCGGCGCAACCCUCGGAGAACUGUAUUACAGAAUUGCAGAAAAAAGCGAAACCCACGGCUUUCCGGCAGUUCUUUUGAGCACUAUAGGGGUCGGGGGUCACAUUACCGCCGGCGCGUAUGGUGCAAUGGUACGAAAGUAUGGUCUUGCUGCCGAUAAUGUUAUUGAUGCUCAUAUUAUUGAUGUUCAUGGCCGACUGCUUGAUCGUGAAGCUAUGGGCGAAGAUCUUUUCUGGGCAAUUAGAGGUGGCGCUGGGGGUAGUUUUGGAAUUAUUGUUUCUUGGAAACUAAAGUUAGUUCAGGUUCCUUCUACUGUUACAGCUUUUACAGUUAAAAAAACUUUAGAACAAAAUGGUACUAAAAUUCUUCAACGGUGGACUGAAGUGGCUGACAAGCUUGACGAUGAUCUUUUCCUUAGAGUUGCAAUCUCACCUGCUAAUAUUGGUAAUAGUACCGUUCGAACCGUAUCAAGUGCUUAUCAUGGUUUGUUUCUUGGCGAUGUAAACAGACUUCUCAAUAUUAUGGAAAAUAGUUUUUCUGAAUUGGGUUUAACCAGAAAUGAUUGUGCAGAGAUGAGUUGGCUCAAAUCGGUUUUAUAUACGACGGGUUACCCACCUAAUACUACGCCUGAAGUUUUACUGCAGGGUAAACCUUUAUUUAAAGAUUACUCAAAAGUAAAAACAGAUUUUGUUAAAGAACCCAUUCCUGAAGCCGCAUUGGAAGGUCUUUCGAAAAUACUCUUGGAAGACGAAACACCAGUUGUAACAUUGAUUCCUUUUGGAGGGAAGAUGAACGAGAUUUCAGAAUCUGAAAUUCCAUUUCCUCACAGAAAGGGGACUUUGUUCACGAUUUAUUAUGCAUCUCAAUGGGUAGAUGGACAAAAGAGUGAAGCAAGGCACAUUGAUUGGAUAAGAAAGCUUUAUAAUUACAUGCAGCCUUUCGUUACUAAUAAUCCAAGAAGUGCUUAUGCUGGUUUCAGAGAUCUUGAUUUGGGUAUAAACAACAAGAAUAAUUUUAGCGUUACAGAAGCUAGCGUUUGGGGUAUUAAGCAGAAGCUAGCGUUUGGGGUAUUAAGUAUUUUAAAGAUAAUUUUAAUAGAUUGGUUCAAGUGA